AGGGGUCAGCCAAGAGGCGAGACAUCCACGGCGAGCAUGUGGCUCAAUUCCCAGCAGUCGCAACUACCACAAGUUUGAUCUAGCCAGCCAGAAUGUAUCUUAGCCAGGACGAGUUGACGGGGCCCCAGCCCUAUGCGAGCUACCUGAACGACAGCUCCGGUGAUGCAGGUGGCGCUGUUCUGCCCUUGGGCCACGAUUAUCCAGCGGAAUAUCAGCACAUGGUGCACGCCCAUUGGCGAGGCUUUCGAGAGCCCCCGAUCUACUAUCGCGCUGGCAUCUACAUAGGCUUCUGUGUGCUCAUGUUUCUCAAUCUCUUUGGCAAUGGUCUGGUCAUCUGGAUAUUCUCAACCUCGAAAUCUCUGCGUACACCUUCCAAUUUGUUAAUCCUCAAUCUGGCCAUCUUCGAUCUGUUCAUGUGCACCAAUAUGCCGCACUAUCUGGUCAAUGCUGCACUGGGCUACAUUGCUGGCGGGGAUUUGGGCUGUGAGAUCUAUGCACUAUGUGGCGGCAUCUCGGGCAUGGGCGCUUCGAUCACGAAUGCUUUUAUAGCCUUUGAUCGCUAUAAGACCAUUUCGAAUCCCAUUGAUGGACGCUUGAGCUACGGCCAGAUAAUAUUGUGUAUUAUUUUCACCUGGAUGUGGGCAACGCCCUUCUCGGUGCUGCCACUCUUUCAGAUCUGGGGUCGCUAUCUGCCAGAGGGCUUCCUCACUACGUGCACCUUUGACUACCUGACCAAUACGGAUGAGACCCGCCUGUUUGUGCGCACCAUAUUCGUGUGGGCGUAUGCCAUACCGAUGACCAUGAUACUCAUCUCCUACUACAAGCUCUUCACCCAUGUGCGCACCCACGAGCGCAUGCUGGCCGACCAGGCCAAAAAGAUGAAUGUGAAAUCUCUGUCGGCAAAUGUCAACAAUGAUUCCAUGAGCGUCGAGUUGCGGAUUGCAAAGGCGGCUCUAAUCAUCUAUAUGCUCUUCGUGCUGGCCUGGACGCCCUACUCGGUGGUGGCCCUGAUUGGCUGCUUUGGCGAGCAGCAGCUGAUAACUCCGUUUAUCUCCAUGCUGCCCAUGUUGGCCUGCAAGUCGGUCUCGUGCCUGGAUCCAUGGGUUUAUGCGACCAGCCAUCCCAAGUAUCGACUGGAGCUGGAACGUCGUCUGCCUUGGCUGGGCAUACGGGAAAAGCAUGUCAGCUCCGGACCAACGGGUGCACAGGAGAGCGUGGCCAGUGUGAGUGGCGAUACGUUGGCGAUGAGCGUGCAGAACUAAGCGGACAUGGAACAGAUAUACAUGCAUAGAUGAGACAUAACUAGGUAUAUAGGAUCAAGCAAUGAACUACUAAGAGUUCCAAAAAUACAAAACCAAAAAAAGUUGGCAUUCAAAAAGAAA